CAACAUGCAGUCGUGUCGUGCGCUCCUGACAAGGACUGAUUGUAAACAUUAACCUUAAUUUUUUAAGGCUUCUUCCAUGUCUGAUCCAUGUAUUUACCAUCCCAAGAUUUCCGCUAAGGAUAGGUAGCUGACAGUAGACAUCACAAUGCUUCUUUUUAGUCACCAGAAAUGAAGCAACAAUAUUCUUUACUAAUCUCAGAAUCUUUAAUCAGGCUGCUGUCCCUUCCCACACAGUGCUCCUUUUAGUCACUGGGAAAAAAGCGACAGUAUUUUUAAUCUAUCUCUUCAGUGCAAGCAGGCUGCUGAUCAUUUAUUAUACUUGACAAACUUUUAUGUAAAGCUUUUGUUUUUGUAAAAGGGGGAAAUUGGCCAAGGGCAACAAAAACAAUUAGACAAAAGGCCCCACUAAGAUGCCAGUCACCCAAAAAGGAUCAAAAGAGCAAGCCAAAAGAAUAGGAUAAAUAUCUUGAAGCUUCCCCUCCGCAGCUCAAGUACAAGAUGACACUCUCCAUUGUAGGAAAGAAUAUAUACAAUUAACAGCAGAAUUCUUAACCAAUCUUAUCUCUUAGGACUCAAAUUUGAUGCCAUAUAUAUUCCAAGACAUAAAUAGAAAACAACAUGCAGGAAGUACAGUGAUGUUCUGCAAGUUAGCCAUGGAUAAGGUUUCCUGGGUGUUUCUCCAUGACAAGGGAAAAUAGUAUCAAGAAAGAUAAACACCUAUACCAUUACAACAUGUCUGAUAUACUCCUUCCAUCCCUGUCAAGAAGACCUGGAUAUUUGAGUUCUUUUCUCAUUUUUUUCAUUUUUCACAUUUUUUUUAAUCUCCAUUGGCUGUCAUUUAAUGUUUUAACCAUAGUCUGUAUAUCUUGAUUUAGUUGUACCUUUCCUUUGUAGUUUACAUGAAAUUACUCUGUUGCUUAUUUUAAUGGAUUCUCUUCUGUAAUUUCAGCAGUAUCCUGCCUUACCUUGAACAAUUGUUUUUCCUGGCGAUGUGUUGCACUCUGCUUGUAUGCCAAAACACUUCAGCAGAAUCUUUUCUGCCAUGGGUAACAAGGUAUUCAUCAUUGCACUAGUGGUUGCUCUAGUGGCCAUCUCUUUAAAUAACUACCUCAAAAGAAAGGGGGAGACACGCUACAUAUUCCACACAGAAUGGUACGAUCCAGUGUCAGCGACCGUCAACAAAUUCCACCUCAGCUUCUUCCCAAGAGAUAGAUCAGUGGAGAUGUAUGACCUGCGGGCCCAGAGGCUGUUCCUGAAGCGCAUCCCUGUGGAGGGCGUUGAGGAGCGUGAUCUGUACCUCGGGAACACCAUAGUCGUCCUCUCCAGGCAACUCAAGAUCACUGACUAUGCCGACGCCUUCACUAGGGACCAGAUCACCUCCAAGAGACAAAGAACGUUUGCAAUGGUGAAGCCAGACGCUGUGCACAGACUAGGGGAAAUUGUUGAUGUGAUUCAGAGUAGAGACUUUGAGAUCAGCCAGAUGAAGAUGGUGCAGCUGACGAGGCUCCAGGCGGCAACCUUCUACCGGGAACAUGAGGGCCGUCCGUUCUUUGAGUCGCUGCUUGACUACAUAACAAGUGGACCAGUGGUGGCCAUGGAGCUCGUAACAACCAAUGCCGUCAAGAAGUGGAGAGCAACACUGGGCCCCACCGACUCCCAGGAGGCGAGAAAUAUUGCCCCAGAAUCCAUCCGAGCAUUGUUUGGGAAGGACAAGCAGUUAAACGCAGGGCACGGCUCAGACUCGGAUAUCUCUGCCAUAAGGGAGAUUGAGUUUUUCUUUCCUUCGUCAAAGAUUAAUGAUGAUCUCCUGCCACAAACCACAGCCAAGUUAGCAAACAACACCUGCAGCAUCAUCAAGCCACACGCUGUAGCCAAAGGUCACAUGGGCAGCAUUUUGAAGGCAAUAAAGGAGGAGGAGUUUGACGUCUCCGCCCUGCAGAUAUUCCGCAUGGACAAGGUUCAGUCAGAGGAGUUCCUGGAGGUGUACAAAGGUGUUGUCAGUGAAUACCCGGGGAUGGUGCAGCAGCUGAUGUCUGGCCCCCUGGUGGCUCUAGAGAUCACUUCACGUGUUCAUGGAUCUCAGACGCCCACUAAAUUCAGGGAGUUUGUGGGACCUGCUGAUCCGGAGGUGGCAAGGGAGCUGCGACCAAAUAGCCUUAGGGCACGCUUUGGGGAGGACACUGUGAAGAAUGCCUUGCACUGCUCGGACCUGCCAGAUGACGGCCCGCUGGAGGUUGAGUACUUCUUUAAGAUCCUGCAGUAGCCAGUCUGUCACCUGGUUGGGGUUUGUAUGAGUCGUGUCUUGUCUCCAUUAAUUCCUUCUUUCCAAUAUCAAAAGAGCAUCAAUGAAAAAUGUGACAACUUCAGUACAAAUUCACCUGUGUAGUAGGUAUGCCAUAACUCUUCAUCUAUACGACAAGUUUUUUACUGUUUAUUCGAUAUGCAACCUUGUGAUAGAGUAAAUGGUAAAGAGUAAGGCUUUUAUUCAAUCACUAGCACAGUAUCGUAAGACUCGGUAGUUUAAGAUUUUUUUUUUGCCUUUCAUUAGAUUCACUUAACAAAAGGACCACGAAUCAAACUUUAAUAUAACACAUCGAUUUGCACCUGCACAUUUUUUCCAUGAUCUGGUGCACUGCUCAAUGAAUACUCUUUUUUAUCGUUAAUGUUUAAGACGAGAGGAAGGAGGAUGUUGAUGGUUGAUGGUAAUGUUUCUCCAUGGUGGUUAGAAUUCAAGAGGCAAUAACAGAGUUACAGAUCCAGUGUUUGUCCCAUACUGGAUGUUGCACCAUGGAGGAAAGGCCUUCUCUUCACUGUAUUGUUAUUGAUUUGCAUGUUCUGUACUUUGUGUGUUUUCAAAUCAUCAGUGUGAAUUUCUCUAAUUGUGUCUGACAGGGUUUCAGAAAUAUAGAUGUGCUAGUCAUGUUCCAGGAAUAACUUAUUGUCAUGCAUACAUUCCUAACAUUACUUUUUAUCUUUUUAAUCCUCGCCUGUGAUAUAUCUGAUUAUCAUUGUGUGUUGUGACUGACGGUAAAGAUAUUCUCUCGUUUUUUGGUCUCAUGGUAUUUCAUAGAAUGCAGUAUUGAGGGAUUCACUCUAUGCUCCCAACAUUUGAAGUACAGGCCUUCCAAGUUUUGCUGUUAUUGCACACUUUGAGCACUGUUUUCACUGUAUUGUUACUGUGUGUUUGUUUGGCCCAUUGAGAGGCCAGGCAUGCUGCCACUAUCAUGGCUGUGUGUGAUGCUGAGUGCUGCCACACAGCAUACAUUCUCAAUCAAUAAAUAUUACAAAAGUUA